GACACUGAGAGAUGAUUAUUUAUUGAUAUGAUUAAGCAGAAAGAACAAGACAUUAUCCGUCAGUCUGAUGUUGCUUGACCCUGGCGAUGUGUCUGUGAUGAUGUGAACGGGAUAUAAUCACCAAAACCGAGCAUGUCUCCUACAGAGAGUAACCGCCUAGAUGGCAUGGCAGAUGCCAGCACAGUUCCCCUAUUGAGAAACAGCUCAGACCUAGACACGAGAUCAAAACAACCCCCAAAAUCAUCAUUUCAAGCCCGAGCUCGUCUCUACUGGCUUGCAGGUGUACUAUGUUGCGGCGCAUUACUUUUCGGGUACGACUCUGGACUAAUCGGAGGCGUGUUAACCUUCCAAUCAUUCCACUUCGACUUCCGCUUCGGCGCCUACGGACCUCGAAGCGCAACGACAGUCAGCGCAAUCGCAGUCGGCACACAACAAAUCGGCGCAUUGAUAGGUUGUUUCGCAAUUUGGCCUAUCAAUAACCUCUACGGCAGAAGGAAGGCAAUUGGCGUCUGCUCGAUUGUGUUCUGCAUUGGUGUGGUAUUAGAACUGCUAAACUUCCAUCUUCUCCCCAUCUUCUAUAUAGGUCGAGUGAUUGCCGGUUUCGGUGUGGGCGGUUCUUCAAGCGUUAUCCCGAUAUAUCUCUCUGAAAUGGCCCCCAAGGAAAUCCGCGGUGAAAUGGGGAGUUGUUUCCAAUUCAUGUUCACAAUCGGGAUAUUUAUAUCCUACUGGAUCGAUUACGCGGUUGGAUUUAUGCCUCCGCAAACAGCCCAAUGGCAAAUCCCUGUUGCCCUCCAACUCGUCCCUGGAGGAUUAAUGGGUUUCGGGGUGUUGACAUUACACGAAAGUGUGCGCUGGUUAGUGUCAAACGGAGACAUAGACGGCGCCAGACAAAGUCUCGAAUGGAUCCGGGCCGUACCGGAUGAUCAAGACCACGAAACACUUCUAGCAGAUGAAAUGGCCGAUAUAAGACACGGCAUCGAAGAAGAACAAGCCGCCAAAGAAGGAUUCUCAUUCACCGAACUGCUCGAAUGGUCCAAUGCGCAUCGCAUUUUACUUGCAGUGGGAAUAUUCCUCGCUCAACAAUCCACCGGCGCAACGGCAAUGGCCUAUUUCGGUCCUCAGUUUUUUGCCCUAAUCGUUGGUCCGGGGGACAAGACUUUUUUGCUGACUGGUAUAUUCGGAUUCAUCAAAGUCGUUUCAUGCGGGCUCUUUAUCGUGGUGUUAUCAGAUCGAUUUGGUCGAAGAAGGCUUCUCUUUACUGGUGCAGCGCUCAUGGCGAUUUCAAUGUUUACCACGGCUGCGUUGGUGCGGGCUAGUCAUCUGGGUCAUCCUUCGGUGCAUCCUUCUGCAACGAAGAUACUGACUAUAGCGCUUAUUUAUUUUACGAUUAUAGUCUUCAAUCUCAGUUGGGGACCUUUACCGUGGCCAUACGUCUCGGAAAUCUUUCCAACGCGCAUUCGCGAAUCGGGGGUUGCGUGCGGUGUUGGUUCUCAAUGGUUGUUCAAUCUUAUAUGGAGCUCGGCGACUCCCUAUUUACUCGCUGAGAUUGGUGGAUGGGGGACUUUUUGCUUGUUUGGGGGGAUGUGCUUGGGCGUUUGCUUGUUUGUGAUUUUUGCAUUGAAGGAGACGGUCAACAAAACCUUGGAGGAGAUUAAUUCUAUGUUUUAGUUGAAUCAGUUGAUAUUAAGAAUGAUGAUUGUCUACUUCUAAUAGAACUAGGAUAAAGUGUAUAAAGCUUUAGUUCAUCCCCUAUCAUACAUACUGGAACUCAAAACCAGCUCGAAGAAAACACAAAACUCCACCUAGCUUCCUAAUGAAAUCCAUUCUUUUCCUCCACGAAGCGCCCAGGCAUGAAACAAUCGCCACAACGCCGUUAUCAUCAAUAUCAUCAUCAUGCAUUCAAACAGUUGAGAGCCAGUCGCCAUCUCAAACAUCAAAAGAAAGAGUAAAGCCUCGAAACAGUCCUGCCGCCUAGCCAGCAUUACCUAGGAAUGAUAAUAAUAAAAAGAAAAAAAGAAAAGAAAAGAAAAAACGAAAUUAUAAGAAUAAGAAAAGGCCAUUUUGUAUGUUGUUAAAUCAGUGAUCAAGAUUGCCGAUCAAACAUUGACAAAGUCUCCAAAAUCGUCUUCGCCAGACAAUGCAAUCGAUGCUUCCGAGUCCCGUCGAAUCUGCUGCUCUAGUGAAGCACCGUCCUCCAGUGGUAGAGGCUCGUCGAAUCCAAAGGACACGGAUCCGCGCAUGGGAGGUGUCGUAUCAGAAAGCUGUGGACUGCUUGCAGCUGGAUCAUCCCGGUCUUUGUUUGCAAUCUGCUUGACCAUCUGAGCAAGGUGGAGUUUGAUCGGCUCGUCACCGCACUGAGCAUGUCGUAAAACCUCGUUUUUUAAUCCUAGAAUCUCGCUGCGAAGCCGUGAAAUUUCCGAGUUGAGUCGCUCCCUCUUGUCCGACUGUUCUUUGAAUCGCGACUCGAGCAUCAUGGUGUGUUCCUUCUUCUUCUGUCGGCAUUUACUCGCUGC